CAUCAUCAUCAUCAUCACCACCACUGCAAGCAGCAGCAGCUCAUCCAUCAUCUACAAACAACACACUGGUAAGACAGUUGCAGUCGUAUAAGAACAACAAAGAUCACAGUCAGUCAGUGACAAGAAGCAGAACCGAAGGAUGAUACCUUCUGACGAAAACUUCACCACAACUUUCAUCAUUGCUUCAUUCGUCCUUGUCGUUUGUUUCAUGUGGGUGAAGUCGACUCCUCUUUCAUUAUUAUCCCAAAGACAAAAACUUUAUACUUUUGUAAUGAAAUAUAUUUAACGAUUCGCUUCAUUUGCCCCCCCCCCCGCCACUUCUCUUUCCUGAUACUCUUCAUCAACCUUUUCCUACAUCCCUAUUCCUUUUGGUCAGUACGGUACUCCAGUAGUGGUCUCUAACUUAUUAUGCUAUGUUUGUGAUAGUAUUCCUCACUCUGGCGACUCUGUGAAAGACGUCAAGUAGAGAAAUCACUGUCAUCAUCGUCCCUGUAUUGUUUUGUUGUUUUUCCCUUGUACCCUGAUCCUGUUACCCCCCCCCCCCACCUCUCCCUCACCCUUUUCCAAGUGUCGUGGUAGUAGUCGACGUUUUUGUUGUUACAAAUUAAUUUGUUUCUUCAGAAAUUCAAAUAAAAUGUCAAUGGUAAAUUUGUAACUUG